AUGCUAUUUAGAGGGAGGAUAUCUUUCCGUCAGUACAACCUAUCAAAAGCUCACAAAUAUGGCUUGAAAAUCUAUAAACUUUGCACAGAAGAUGGUUUUGUCUGGAACUAUGACAUUUACAUAGAUCGCGACCCCGAGAUCGCUGAUUUGGAUAAGCCGGGAAGUGUCGUAGUUCAGUUAUGUGAUGGUCAUCUAGAAGCUGGACGGAUAAUUGUGUGCGACAACUAUUACAAUACCGUUGGAUUAGCAAAAUAUUUGCUGCAGCAUAAGGCAGACUUAUGCGGCACUUUGCGAGUAAAUAGAAAAGAACUUCCAUGGGCAAUAAGAUCGAAAAAAAUAGGACCUAUAAAAGGUGAAGUGGUUGCUCGACAGAAGGACAAUGUAACAGUGAUGAAAUGGAGAAACAAACGCGACGUUGCAAUGAUUUCUACAUGCCAUAACGCUACUAUGCGAAUGUCUUCGGGAUAUCGGCCAAUUUUGAAGCCGGAAGCCGUGCUCUAUUACAAUGAGCGAAAAAAAGGCAUACAUGUGCGUGACCAGCUUUCAAGUUAUUAUGACCCAAAAAGAAAGUCUCCGGCAUGGUACAAAAAGAUCGCUUUAGAUAUUUUGAUAUGUGCUUCAAUAACAAACGCCACGCUUAUGUAUCACAACUACAUUCAACUACUAAUAGAAAAUUACGGAAAACCGUACUACAGACGCAGCAAGAAAUUAUUAGGGAGUUCUUGCAAUUGA